UAUAAUUAUAUUAUAUUUAAAUGUAAUAUAUAAGUUAUUACCAUAUUUUGAAUAGUUUACCAAAAAUAUAAAUUGACAUUAAAUGUAAUAUAUGAGUUAUUACCAUAUUUUGAAAAGUUUACUAAAAAUAUAAAUCUACUCUAUUAAAAUAGAGUCAUGUUUUUUAUCUACUAUAGAGAAGUCUUAGUAGGACCAUUUCAUUAAUAAUUAAUGUUCUAACAAAUAUUGUUUCCAUUUUAUUAGGUACAUUUAAAUAUCCUAUAUUUUCUGAAUUUAAAUUCCAUACUAAUAUUUAUAUAACAAACAAACAAAACGCAAUCUAUAGAAUAAAUCUUAAGAAUUAAUUAAUUGCCCUUAAUUGUAUCAACAAUUUGUUAGUUUUAGAUAUUUUCAAUCAACCAUGAGAUUUGUUUGUAUUUUUAAUGUAAUUUUGGAGAAUAUACUAAUGUUUUUUUACUUUUAAAAUGUUUUUGAACAUAACAAUUAAUACAUUAGAUUAAAAAUUUGUUAGUUUAAAAUCUUUGACCCGUUAACCAUCACGAUUUUUAGUUUUUAUAUAAACUACCUAAAUUGUUAUUAUCUUAGCUAAAAUCUAUUGUCGAACAAAAUACCAAUACUCUAAGCUGAAGACUAUAAAUAUAUGACUCCCAAUACCAAUUCUUUUUCAUUCACAUAAUAUUUCUCCCUAAACGCCCCCCUAAAGAUUGAAUACAUAAUGGCAAACAAAAAAUAGUAAUAUGCAACUAAGUGACAAUGCUUUUGGUCUUUAAUCACGAACUAUCUGUAAUCGAUCGAAACAUAACUAGAAGUACUAUGGGUCAAUAUACAUAAUUAGAGGUACUAGCUAUCUAUGCAUUUUUUUUAUUUACUCUUGCAAAUCCUGUGAAUAGUCAAAAGUUAAAUAGGGAAACUUCAAAUAUUAAAGGAAAGUUGAAGAAUUCAAAAGUUGGUUUCGGGUUUCAUAUGGUUGAUUAACAUUUUAUACUCAUUUAAAAGAUUUAUUCACUGUCUUCUUCUUUGGACAGAUUGGCCAUGUUGUAAAAAAUCUGAAUCAUUUAUGAUAAAAAAAUAAGUUGAAUUUGUUACCUUUUUUGGAACAAGAAGUUAAAUUUGUUAUUUUUUCUGCUUUAUACUCAUGAAAUCCAUAAUAAUUAUCAUGGAAAACUAAAAGCUUUGACACGAAGAUAAUAAUCAAAGGACAGCUUCACAGAGGGCAAGCAAAGUUUUUUACUUAUUUUCUUCAGAAGAAAAUAAUUUUUUGAUCCUUCUGCUUCAAAACAUUAUUUUCGUCAAACCACAAAAACUAAUCUAACUAUAAUUAUUUUCUUCAGAAUCUCUUAGUUAAAAUUAUAAAAAACAAAAAAUAUCCGCACGAAAGUGCGGGUCAAACUCUAGUUAACAUUAAAUGCAAUUGUCCAUGUCAUAUUAAGCUAUAAGACAUGUCAUCAAUUUCAGUAGUCAUGUCAUAUUUGUUUUGUGAAAUUGAUUGUAGAAAGGACAUGUGACAAAAUCACUUCGCAAAUAUAGUCUAGGGGAUUUAAUCAUUUAUAAAAAAUUCAAAUUUUUUUUUGAAAAAAGUUAUUUUAUAUUUAGCGUUAAGCAUAUACAUAAUUUUGUUUUCUUGGCAAAUCCAAACAGAUCCUGAUACGUGGCAUAAUAUAAUAUAUAUGAGCAAAACAUAUAUAGUUUGAAUUCUUAAAGAAAACAAAGGCAUCUUUUGAUAUAUUGGAGUGUUGGGUUAUGGUCCUACGGAUAGUUACGUCCAUUUUGUUUGGUAACGUCUAAAGAACGACGCGGGGGAACGAAGGAAAUCAUGCAGAGAAAAAUCUUUACUAAAAGGAUCCAACCAUUUUAAAAAAAAACGUUUGAAUGCCUGCAACAUGCACAGUAGGCCUGCGGCUAUUAUCCAAACCGAACCGGCCCGAAAAGUUUGGUAUUCGGUUAGUUCGGUUCGAAAGUUCGGGUCGGAAACUAAAAAUAAUUUGGUUUUUAGUUUGGUUCGGUUAAUUCGGUUUUCUAAAAAAAUUCAAACAACACCAAUCCUAUCCGAAAUUCUGAACCAACAUCCGAAUCAAAAUAACCGAACUAACCAAAAAAUUUCAAAAUAAGUAAAUUUGAACUGAAAAUUAACUAAACUAACCGCAUAACCAAAAACUUCAGUAAAAUUUUUGAAAUCAAAUUAACCAAAAAUCGAACUGAACCAAUUUUUUUCGUUUUACUUCGGUAAAAUUUCAACUGACCCAAACUAACUGAAUUUCGAACUAACCACCCAAAUUAACCGAAUAAACCAAACCCACGUGGCUAAUGCAGAUAUCAACCCCAUGGACUCUUCUAUAUGUCUGAGAUCCAAUAAAAUAAAUAAAUUAUUCAGUUGUCAUAUAUUCUUAUGUUGGUGGAUUUAAAAGAUCUUCUUUUCGGGGUGUCACAUUCUGGAAUCUUUAUUUUUUAGUAUUCUUUUUAGAUAGUCCAAAACUUGAAUGUCAAACAUUUUACUAGUCAAAUGCAACAUGGGUUUUUCUGGUCAGCAGCAAAAAGAUUAACAGGAGCAUCAUGGCCAUGGGUGGUCCGAAACGAGAAUGGCCAACUCCUCAUGCACAGCUGAAGGUCAUAUACUCAGGUUGAUUCUCUAAUAUUGGCCAAAAUGAAGAAUUGGAAAUGGGCACUUGAAAAUAUGAGAAGUCUGGUUUUGCUUUGUUAUUUUAUUAGCAGGAUGCUUUGCUCUGCUCUUACGUGAAGCUUAUUUUGUGGUUGAACUUUGGAUUGUUUGCAUGAGUAUGAAUGAAUUUAUAUAGAGGAAAAAAAAACAUUUUACUAGAGAAGCUUUCUAGGGAAUUACUUUUAUAUUAAAAUUUCAUUUCCAACCAAAGAAAAUCAAAUGAACAUUAACAUAUAACGAACCAUUAUUGUUAUUUAUUACUCCCUCCGUUUCAAAAUAAAUGAUUUUUAGAAAAAAAAUUUGUUUCAAAUUAGAUGAUGUUUUCAAAUUUCAAUACAAUUUUUUUUUUAAUUUUAAAUGAUAUAUAAUUCUUUAUAUUCUUCAGUUUAUUUAUCUAUUGGUUUAAAUAUGGUUAGAUGUAUAGUUAACGAUGUUUUUAUUUUAAAAAAUAUUAAAUAUUAAAUAUUUAUUAAUUUCAUGCACAAAUCUAAAACGAUACCUAAAAUGAAACGGAUGAAUAUUAUCUUUUUUUUGUGCAACGGAUGAAUAUUAUCUAUUGGUUAUAUAGUGUCCUUAUGAAGGAGAUGUGACAAGUGGACAAAUAGAGUCCAUUAAUACCACAAUUAAUCAUUUUCACUAAACCAAAAAUGAACCAAUCAGUUAUACGACUUAUACUCUUUUUCGUUUCAAAAAGAAUGUAAUUUUAACAUUUUUUAUACAGAUUAAAAAAAUGAUUAAAAUAUAUUUAUAUUUUUAUUAAUAACACAUAUUUGACCAAUUGUAUUUGAGAUAAAUAAAAUUAUUUAUAAAAUCAAUGCAGUUUACAAUUAAUAUUAAGCAUAAAUUAAAUAGAAUUUGCUUUGAAAUUCUAAAAUGAUAUUUUGUGUAACAAGAAAAAUUGUUAAAAUGCCAUUUUUUAAGAAACAGAGAGAGUGUAUGCUUUUAAAACCAAGCUAACUCAAACCGAAUCCAAAUUUUAUCAUUGAAUUACAUAUACUUUUAUUUGUUUACCAGAUAAACUACAAUUCUAACCGAAUAAUUAAUCAUCUAACCAGACCAAACCAAACCAAACCGGAAACUCAUAGAGACAAGUUUACAUGUUCAGUUCUGUAGAAACAACAAAUGCAGCUUUUGCAAAAAAAAACAAAAAAAAACUAAGUUGCGUCUGGGAGAGAGUACAAUGUGGCAUGUGAAACCUUUGUGUCUUGUCUCUUUCACUAACCAGUAAUUAGUAUUCCAGUUUCAGUCAGAUAUAUAAUUCAAAACCAAGAAAACAAAAGUUCAACUGUAAAAAAGAUGAUGACAAAGUUUAUCAGUCAACCGGUGAAAGAGUAAGUAAAACAACUUAUAUGUUUGCUACUACUUCUUUGGCUGUUCAACUCAAAGAUUCAAAGUUACAUUCAUUUGUUUCAGUGACUCUAUUAAUUCAUAGUUAUGAGGUAGUUAGUGGAAUCUGUCAGCGAUGAAUCCUCCACAACACAACACACUGUUAAAAAAAUCUAAACUGAGAGAUAUUGUUACUUUUAAGCAGGUAAAAAAAAAACUCAAAACAAAAAUUGAUCCAAAAAAAAAAACUCAAAACAAAUCUCUUUCAGGUUCAAGAUGUCUGUUUGCAUCAACCCUUUAAUUAAAGUAAUCUCAUUGUUCUAUAUUCAUCUCUCAAUCCGUAAUUCCCCACUUCUACAAAGAAUCUUUAUAUAAGCAGUGGUGAUAAUAAAUCCUAGCACAAAAAAAAAAGAAGAAGAAGAGAAUCGUAUAUAAGCAAGCAUCUACUCUAUUUUUUGUCCUGGUCCAGACACAUCUAACAUACAUCAUCAUGCUUAUGACAUCAAGUCAACACGAUCAAACGCAAAACCAACAAGAGAGCAAAUCCUAAGAUUUGAGCCUAGCAAAAGAAUACUCAAGGUUUGCUGCAGCAAGAAAAGGAAUUCAAGAGUCACAUCAAAUAAUUGAUAAGACUUUUGUUUGGUUCCUAAAGAACAGAAGAAACUGGUUUAUGAGUUAAGUCCAUGUGUGUGUUCCAAAAAAAGAAAAAGAGUUAAGUCCAUGUGUAAACUAUGGACCGUAUGUACUAUUGCAUACAGUGGCAGGCCAAUAAAAACAUCUUCUCUAAGGCAACCAAUGAUAUUUUCAAGAUAAAAUGGUCUGAAACAACCAAACAAAUGAAAAUGUCAUACUUCUAUAAACCAAAGUCUAUAACUAAAAACAAACAAAUGAAAACUGUCAAAAACAUCUUAAGAGUUUCUAUACCCAAUCUAUCUAAUCUAUUUUUCUCUUCUUUUUUUUUUUCUGAGGUAGCUUAUCAACGUAAUCAUGCACUUAUUCCACCAGAGAAGCAUACAAAAACCCAGUGGUCCAUGACCCAACUUUACUUCACCUUUUAAACACUUCAAAAUGCUUCAACCUCGUCAACAAUAUCACCAAGUCUCAUUCCUCAACAUUUCUUAGCCUACAAGAGCUUCCAAUAAGACUAGAGCUUUAAGUUUCUCUCCAGAAAUGGAGGGCAAAAAAGCACAAGGACUAGGGUAUCUGAAAAAGAAGGCUCCUAUGUCAACUUACCAUGCGGAUGAAGAAUUAGAGAAUGAUACUGAUGGAGAAGAGGAAGUUGAGAGAGAGGAAGAGAAGAGGAAAGGAGUGAUGGAUAGGUUUAAAGGAUCUAGCAGCAACCGUGUCUCAUCGCGGCUUUGUCAAGUAGAUAGAUGCACAACUGACUUGAAAGAGGCUAAACAGUAUCACCGGAGACACAAAGUGUGCGAAGUUCAUGCAAAGGCAUCUUCUGUCUAUCUAGCAGGCGUUAAACAACGCUUCUGUCAACAAUGCAGCAGGUUUCACGAGCUCCCAGAGUUUGAUGAAGCUAAAAGAAGCUGUCGGAGACGCUUAGCUGGACACAACGAGAGGCGGAGGAAGAGCUCUGGUGAGAGUUUUGGAGAAGGGGCUGGUGGUCGAAGAGGAGUAACUAGUCAGGUGAUGCAAAAUCAAGAAAGAUCAAGGGUAGAGAUGACACUUCCUAUGUCCAACUCAUCAUUCAAGCGACCACAGAUUAGAUAGAUAGAGAAGCUGUUGGCUCUCUCUCUUCUGUCAUCUAAAAUAUCUCUAAGAAUCUGAAAUUGUGGUACCUAUUACCAUGUUAAAAAUCAGCUGAGUCAUGGUAUUGACUCCUGGUAUAGUAUAGAGAAAUAAGUAAUAACUACCACUCUUCCAUGUAUUUAAUGGAUAUGCUAAGACUUUGGCUUAA